AGGAGAGUGAGUCCUGCUGGUGGGAAACCUGACAGAAAGCUUAACUAUUUGACACCAACAUACGAGGAGUUAACGUGUACCAAAGCGUGUAGUUAAUCUUCUCUACACUCAGCCAGAGGCUUCAAAGUGCUGCCCAGCAGGCUCCUCUCAGCCAGUCCGCAGCUCCUUCUCCUCAGACGGAGCAAAACUUUUCUCCGGAGAUGAAAAUGUCAGUUGUGUCCAAGAAGCUGUGGUCCGUCCACAAACAGCUGGUCCUCCUGCUCACCCCGCUGCUGUUCCUGCCUUUACUUUUUACUCUGCCGGAAAAGGAGGGAAAAUGUCUUUAUGUGGUGGUGCUGAUGGCUAUGUUUUGGUGCACAGAGGCCCUUCCUCUGGCUGUCACGGCGAUGCUUCCAGUCUGUCUCUUCCCAACACUGGGAAUUCUUCCAUCCAAAAAAGUCUGCCCCCAGUACUUCCUGGAAACCAAUUUUCUCUUCCUCAGUGGCCUCGUGAUGGCGUCUUCAAUCGAGGAGUGGGGCCUGCAUCGCAGAAUAGCCCUGAAGGUCCUUAGUAUUGUCGGGGUCAAACCAGCCUGGCUCAUACUGGGAAUGAUGAUGACUUCAUCCUUCCUGUCCAUGUGGCUCAGCAACACGGCCACAACAGCCAUGAUGCUCCCUAUUGCUAACGCCAUCCUGGAGAGUCUGUUUGGAGACCUGGAAACCCUGAAACAAAAGUGCAAGUGCACAGAGGAACCAGAGGGCGAAAUAAUAAAUGGUCAGUCUACUUCAAAGCUGCAUUCACUGCCCUCCGUGCCCUCAGAAAAACAAAUACUAUCAAUAGAUGGGACGGAUGGGACAGAGCAGAGUGACACGAGGACAGCUGAGGAGAUCCGAUCAGAGUCGCAGUAUCAGCUGAAGGUGUGGAAAGGAUUCUUGAUCUGUAUUCCUUAUGCGGCCAGUAUCGGAGGGACCGCUACGCUCACCGGCACCGCACCCAACCUCAUCAUGAUUGGACAGCUGAAAAGCUACUUCCCAGACUGCGACCUCAUCAACUUUGGCUCUUGGUUUGCAUUCGCUUUCCCGCUCAUGCUUCUCUUCCUGUUUUUGGGAUGGAUAUGGAUUGCGUUUCUCUAUGGGGGAUUGAACACACGAUUGUGUUUCAAGAGGCAUGACCGAAGAGCCCAGGCAGAGGCCAGAGCCAAGGCUGUAAUAGAUGAGGAUUACAGGAAACUAGGGCCCAUAAAUUUUGCAGAGGGAGCCAUCUCUUUCUUUUUCAUAUUGUUUGCUGUUCUCCUGUUCACACGAGAUCCCAAAUUUGUCACUGGCUGGUCUGUGUUUUUUAAAAAAGGGUAUGUCUCAGAUGCAGUGACUGGUGUGAUCAUUGUGUCCAUAUUGUUCUUCUUCCCCUCACAGAAACCUUCUCUGAGCUGGUGGUUCGACCCUCAAGGUUCAAACACUCCUUAUGUUCCUCUCUUGUCAUGGAAGAAAGCCCAGGACUCUGUUCCCUGGAAUAUCAUUCUGUUGCUUGGAGGCGGCUUUGCAAUGGCCAAAGGUUGUGAGGAGUCUGGCCUUGCCUCCUGGAUCGGAGGCCACCUCCAACCUUUGGCCGAGGUCCCCCCUGCUGCAGCUGUGAUGUUGAUCACUGCUUUCCUGGCCUGUUUCACUGAGUUCGCCAGCAACACGGCCACAAUUAUCAUAUUUUUACCUGUCAUUGCUGAACUGGCUAUUCAUAUCUCAGUGAACCCUCUGUACUUCAUGAUACCUGCCACAGUAGGAUGUUCAUACGCCUUCAUGCUGCCAGUGUCCACGCCCCCCAACUCCAUCGCCUUUGCAUCAGGUCAUCUCAUGGUCAAAGACAUGGUGAAGACUGGCAUUGUAAUGAACAUCCUGGGUGUCCUCUCUGUCUCUCUGGCCAUGAACACAUGGGGCGUUGCCAUGUUUAACUUGAACAUGUAUCCAGAAUGGGCUCAGUCCAUCAACAAGUCUGCUGUUGUUACUGAUGUGCACUUCUCAUCUGUCCAGUCGCUCAACGCUACUCUCUGAACACUCACCCAGUCUCAGCAGGAGCACAGGAGAAGUAUCAGAGGAUUGUGUAAAGAUUUAAUACUAAACAGGGACAAAAGUCUGUCAGUAGACAUCUACACUGUGUCACUACAAUGUCAAAAUGCUCUGGGAGCUUCAGCUAUUACCUGUUAUGAUGCUUUUAAUAAGUUUGUUGUAUUCAAGUGUCUGUUUAGGCUCUCAACUGUCAAGAUUUCAUGCUGUGAAAUCUUGGCACACACUAAAUUGUAAGUAAACAACAACUCAAGCUUUUAAGUAUUUUUUUAAAAACAUGUUUUGAAACUCCA